GGCAAAGCGCCUUGGCUGAGGCGCAUGCGCGGCAAAGCGCGCCGGAAUUUAAACAGAAGGAAAGGCCGUUGGUGCGGUCUCAGCGGCUGGAUCUGGGAGUGGUGGAGAAGGAGCUCUCGCUCGGAUUUAAGACACUAUAUUGAACUUGUGGUACAAAGCAAAAAUGUCAUCUCUCUGCACUGUGGAAGCAAUGUUGCGCAGUCCUUUGAAGCGUCUUAGGCAGCCUCCCGCUGACAAUGAAGGAAAUGAGAAUGAUUCUCUGAAGAAGCAGAAGUUUCGGUCCUUGGAUGAAGAGAUGGAAAAUAUAAAUCCUUUAGGAUCAUGUACGUUGUCAAAAUUUCGAGUCUGUGAGCAAGAGAUCAAGCCAGAUACCCCCAUAGUUCCCUCGGUAAAAUCACGACUCCAGAGACUGGCUGAACAGAAGAAAGAAUUGUGUUCUCAUGACCUCUCUAAUGCACGGUUAUCUUCAGACACAAAAAAUGGAUUGGUUUCUCUAGAAGCGACCAGCUCCUGGAAUAAUGAACUUGCCAGGCCACCUAUUAAGAAGUGCAGAAAGGAUAAUGAAGAUGACACCGUUCCUUGUUCAGAGGUGAAACAAUCAUUAAUCUCAAGCAAUGUUUUUGUGCAAACAGUUAAAGAAAAAUUUGAAGAGAUGACUAAUGAGAAACAGAACGAGGGACAAAUUGGAAACCUCCUCAUCCCUGCAGUAACUCCAAGUACCAAAGCCAUUCAGGCAAUGCUGCUUCAGAAGUCUACGUCUAGUGCCUCUCGUGUUACUUGGAUGAAAAAGGAGCGGGAACGGGAGCUUGCAAUGCUUCGGGGAAAGACUGAAGGGAAGAAUCCAUGGGUAGAAAAGAUGUCGAAGUCCUGCACGGGAGGAGAGGAAACUCCUAAGGAUAAUAACAUUCCAGAUCAACAGGAAGAAAUGAAGGAAAACAAAGAAUCACAAGUGAACACUAUUCAUGGCAAGGAUACCACUGUGGGGUUUGAGAACACUGCAAAGUCUGAGGAGAUCCUCCAUAUUACUGAAGACAAUGAAUUGGGAUUAUCUUCUGAGGAAGCACCAACUAGCUCUGAAAUAACUGAGUUGUUUAAAGAUGUAUUUGACACAGACCAUGCAAAUAAACAAAUGGAGAAUAAAUCCAACCAAAUGGUGACAGAGUUGGAAAACUCUAAAACUGAAGCACAGAAUAAUGAGGUGAAAUCUGAGCACAAGACGAAAGAUGAAAAAGAGGAAGCUGAACUGACUCUUUCUAGUGUAACUGUGGUGUCUCCUAUUAAUAAAUCUAUCAAGUCAGAUGCAGUGGCUCCUCUGACCUCAUUGCUAACAUCACUGAACAACAAUCUAUCUGAAUCUUGCUGCUCCAUCUAUUCCUCUCUCAAGCUGGAGAAUCCUGGGCAGAAUCAAAAUCCAAAUGGGGGUAUUUCAUCAGAGGUGGAUAGCAUACCACUCUACAGUAUUGAUUUGUACAGAUCUCAACGUCGUAGUGCUCUGCAGGCAGAAAGAAAAAUCAAAGAAAUGAAUCAGAACAAUUCCCAGAGAGCAGCAGAAAGCUCCCAUUUUGCAACAAAGCAAAUCACUACAAAAGAGAAAAUAAAGAUACUUAAUGAUGAGAUUAAGAGUUUACACAAAAUCAUGCAUCAGGCAAGCCAGGCACUCAACUGCUGUACAGACAAAGAACAUGGUAAAGGUUCGCGUGAAGAAGCAGAAGCAGAACGGCUUCUCCUUAUUGCUUCUGAGAAGCGUGUUGCACUUCUGUCUGAGCUGAAUCGACUGAAAGGAGAGGGAAAUGCUACAUCUCGAACUGAAGCAGCCCAGCCAACAAAUGGUCCUGAGCCAUGUCGAGGCACUGUCUCCAUCUCUAACCUUCGCCUUCCUCUGAAAGCUGAAUUUGUGUGUUCAGCACAAUGUAAACAAGGAAAACCCAGCCAGUAUUUCUUACUGAUAAUCAAAUGUGGUCCACAUAACAUUGUUGCCACUCCAUUAGCAACAGCAGAGGAUGCUCACCAGGGUGAUACCAUUAUUUUCCCUACCAUCAUCACACUGGGUGAUAUUCACUACAAGUUUGAAAUUGAUGUGGAGGUGUACAGCUUGGCUCAGACAUCAAAUGGAACUACUGCUGCAAAGCGUAGAUCAUCAAGAUCCAAGGUUAUGACCCCUAAAAAGCUUCUGACCUCUAUUACUAAUUGUGCUUCUCAAAAUCGAUCACCAGAAGGAAAGAGUUCAUGUUGUAUUAUUUUUCCUUUUCAGAAAACGAGCUUGCAGUCACCUGGUGCUAGUCCUACUGUCAGCCGCUCAAUUCGUGCCAGUAAGUUUGUACUGGUUGGGUCUCACACAAUUACUCUAGCAUCUCUGGGCAAAGAGAAGUUUGCAUUGGACAAAGUGGCCAAGACAAGAUGGCCAGGAAUCGUUAUCGGCACCCACUCUGGCAUUGAAGUCACCAAGGAGAACGAGGUGCUCAUCACUAGGAAUAUUCCUGACAACAGCUUCUAAUUUGUCGUAGAACAUGUCUUUUGCCUAAGUGGUGGAGUUCAAGGUAGGGGCAUACAUACUGAUGAGAGAUACUUUUGCAACAAAGAGUUCCUAACGGCAAAACCCACUCCAUGCUCGCGGGGCUCGUCUUGGUUCUUUCCCUGCCAGAAAAAUGUGUAGUCCCUUUCCUUCAGUGUACCUAAAUCCGCCAAAUGCGUUUCUUGCAGGGCAGCUAUAUCUACCUUGAGCACUAGUAGUUCAUUGUUAAUGACCGCUGUUUUUCGUGCAUCUUCCAAUAUCCUUGAGGUUUUGGUCAAGACCAGUCAUCAUUGUACAGACAUUCCAACAUCCCAACUUGAGGGGUGUUGUCUUAUUUGAUUUGUUUCCUUUCUUGUCUGGUGCAGUAGUUACAGUCAGCUCUUUAUGGAAUAAUCCAUUAUCCCCAUGCACCCACUGAGGAAGACUGACUGUGGCGGGACAGCGCCAUAUUGGCUGGGGGCUGACCAGUGAAACACGAUGGCCUCUCUCACCGUUGGAAGCAACCCCUGACAUCAUGCUCUAUGCCAAUCAAGCAUUAUGACUUAUAACCGGUGACUGCUGCUUCCCGUGUUUGUACGACACUAAAAGGCAAAGCUGGAGUGGCCUCUCCAGGUCGUAGGCUAGGGCAGAAUUGAUGAGGAGAUCCAUUUGUUGCCCGUGCAGUGGGACCCCCCUCUCCAUGCUGAUGACAGGUCCAAAGGAAUGAUGAAAAUUGAUACAGUUUGGUGCCAGCUGCACCGCAGGAGUUGCCGUGCCGGUGCUGGGUACAGCAGCCAGCCGCCUUCGGGACUCCGACUCCUGAUUUUUUCCUCGGGGUUUACUCCUGAAGCCUUUCCCGCAAGUGGGUAGAGCUGCAAGGCAGCGGAAGUUUGUAAUCGGAGUUUCCCUCUCCUAGAUGAGCUACCAUCCGUGGUUAACGAGCCCCAUCUGCCCAGAGCAACUGGUUUCAAGGUGCCAGUGGCCCGCCUUUGCCCCUUCUGUCAGUGAGAACAGCUCCGCUGGGCAUAAGAACUAUGCCACAUGUGAAGGCCAGGAGUUGGACUUGGUUGUCAGAGGCUGUUAGAGAUGCAAGCCAUGAAGUGCAUUUGUUUAGCAGUGGGAGCUCGUCCCCACUACUACCCUUUGGCUAUGACUACCUUAGGAACCAAAGAGUGGUUGUAGACGGGUCAUAUUCUGCAUGGAGG